AUGAUGGGCUACAAUGGUCUUCCGUUCCAUCAGCAACGGGCGCCCCAGCAGAAUGCGCAUCCCCAGCAUCAUCAUCCUCAACAUCAACAACAGCAGCAGCAACAACAACAUCAACAACAUCAACAUCCUCAUCACCACCAGCUGCAGUCCCCGUCCAUGAAUGCGGCCACCGCAACCCAUCCUCAUCAUGGCGCCGGAUUAACCAGCAAUAGCUCUCUGCUUCGCGCCCAUACGCAGACCGAAUUGGCCGCUCAUUCCCCGGAUCCCCGCAAAAUGACCCCGGCCUCAUCCAGUCCGCUUGUCGGCCUCAAUACGGCGGGACAUUUCAACUCCUUCCCGGGGCAUUUCACCCCGCAGGGCUCGUCCGAUCUGCUGUCCCGGAAUGCCGACUCGAUCGGCCAAUUGAAGGAUCCCUACCUGUCCUUGCAGAGUCUUCAGCGGAACAUGAACCCCAUGGCCAAUUAUCGCUCCCAUGCCAUGAAUGCGCAGGCGGCCAUAUCGCCCCAUGCGCACACCAUGGGUAUCGCGUCUCCUCAGCAGUCGCUCGAGCGGCUCCAGCAGCAACAUCUGCAGCAGCAGCGCCAGAGCGCCCAUUCGCUUCCCAAUGCGCAAACGCCCACUCCCGCGGCCGCGUCGCCAAUGCUCGGGGCCGGCCAAGCCACGCAUCAAUUCCACCAAUCGCCUUUUCAACAGACUCAGCAGGCAUCUCCGUACCAGUCGCAGGCUCAGCAGCUGCCUCAGUUCCAUGCGCAAUAUCAGCAAUCUCCGCACCAGGCCCCUCCUUAUCAGACCCAGGUCCAGCAGUCGCCGUAUCAGCAGCAUGCGCAGCAGACAUUUCAGCAGCAACAGCAGGCUCAGCAGGAAGCUCAUCUGAAAGCGCAGCAGGAGGCGCAGCGACAGGCCCAGGCCGAAGCUCAGCGACAGGCCCAGGCCGAAGCUCAGCGACAGGCUCAAUUGGAGGCUCAACGCAAGGCACAGGAAGAAGCUCAACAGAAAUUGCAAGAGCAGCGGAGGCAGGAGGCUUUGAAAGCGCAGCAGGAAGCCCAGCGUAAGGCUCAGGAAGAAGCGCAGUUGAAAGCACAGCAAGAAGCCGCGCUCAAGGCCCAGCAAGAAGCCCAGCAGCGAAAAGAAGCUCAGCUCAGGGCCCAGCAAGAAGCCCAGCGCAAGGCGCAGCAGGAACAACUCAAGGCACAAGAGGCGCAAUUGAAGGCCCAGCAAGAAGCCCAGCAGCGGAAAGCUCAGCAGGAAGCUCAACUCAAGGCCCAACAAGAAGCCGCCCAACGGCAGCAGCAGGCUCAGCAACAGCAACAAACGCAAGAGACUUAUCAGCAACAGCAGCAGGCCCGUUUCCAGCAGCAGCAUGCUCAGCGAUCACCUUUCCAAUCCCAACCGCAACAGCUCCAGUUCCAUCAUUAUCAACAUCAUUAUCAACAGCCGCAGCAGUCGCAGCAACCGCAGCAGCCACAACAUCAGCAACAGCACAAUAUCAUGCAUCAGCAACCGCAGCAGCAACAUCAGUUCAUUCAGCACCACCAAAUACAACCCCCGGCUCGUCAACAGCAGGCUCAAACUCCGACCCAGCCGCAGAAUCCACCCCAGGCCCAGCCUCAGGCCCAUCCGCAGACCAAGCCUCAGACUCAAGCUCAGACUCAAUCCCAGCAGCAGCGUCCGCCACAGUCAUCCACCUCCACUGCGGAGAAAAAGACAGCACCUAGUAAGCCACGGAAGAAACAGGCCAAGCCCGCUGCAUCGCCAGUCCCCGCUGGGGUGCACAUUAACGGGCAGUUUCAUCCCGUUUUCCAAGCUCAACUAGGGCCUUCGAGCCAACAACAGCCUGGUGCUAGCAGCCCUGCCAACCCCCCUGCCACGGCCCCCGUUAACGUGGCACCCGCUUCGGCUGCUGCCACUGCUACCGGCUCCGCUCAAGGUGCCGCUGCCCAUAGCGCUGCCCCUGGGACUAAUUCGGGGUCUCUUCCUGGUGCUGUCCAUAAUGCCAUUCCCGGGUCUGUCGCGGGAGCUCCUUCGGGUUCCCAAGUUGAUGGUCAGACUCCUAAAAAGAGGGGUCGUCCUCGCAAGCCGCUCGCUCCUGGGGAGGUGCCAAAACCUCGCAAGCCCAAGAAGCCCAAGAAGCCGCAGGAGACCACCACGAUCAUUGGCCCUGAUGGUACACCCAUCACGGUUCCCCUCCCUCCCCCACCACCAGCCCUUGGUCCCGAUGGAAAUCCCCUGCCACCACCCCCUCCCAAGAAGAAGCGACCAAAGCUCCCUCCUCUGCCUCCGAUUGUCUUGCCUGAUGGAACCAUCAUUCCACAAAAGCGCGGUCGUGGACGGCCACGCAAGACGGAGGUGAGCGGCGAUCAGCCCCCGAAGCCUCGGCCACCUAAGAAGCCCUCGUCUAAACCGGGUACGGGGCGCCCUCGCGGGCGGCCCCGAAAGGCGGAUGUGUUGGCACGAAAGGCAGCAGAGGAGGCGGAAGCGCAAGCCAAAGCCCUAGCUGAGGGGGUCAAACCUGAUCAGACUGCAGGGGAAUCGGCGCAGAUCAAGCAGGAACAGUCACAUCAGCAACCGCAGCGGCCGCAACAGCAAACACCGUUGAUGCAAGUCCAGCCUCAACAGCCUCAGCAACAACAGCAACAGGUGCAGGCGCAGCAGCAGCAACAUCAACAACCGCAACAGACUCGGCCUCAAUCUCACCAGGCACUGCAACAGCAGGCUCAACAGCAUCCUCACCUUCACCAGCAACAGAUUCAGCAGCAAGCUCAUCUCCACCAGCAGCAGCAGCAAGCUCAGCAAGCUCAGCAUGUCCAACACCAGGCUCAACAUCCUCAUCAAAAACAGCAUGCUCAACAGCAGGCUCAGGCACAAGUACAGCAACAAGCUCGCCAGCAGCCACAAGCUCAGCCACAGGGUCAAACCAAGCCGCAAGCUCAGGCCCAUGCAAAGCCCCAGCCUCAGCAUCAGCACUUGCAUCAGUUCCAGCUUCAACAACCUCCUGCACAUCAUCAACAGGCUCAAACUGCGGUGCAGCCUCAAUUCCAAAUACACCAGAUGCAGGUCAAGCCCCAACCUCAUCUCCAGGCCCAUCAGAUUCAGUCCCCGCAUAUCCAGGCCCAUCAGUUGCAGUCUCCGCAUAUGCAAAGCCACCAGAUGCAAGCUCAACACCAGCCUCAUGCUCCUGCUCAUACGCAAGCCCACGCCCAACAGCUGCAACCGCAGCAGCAACAGGUGCAUCAAGUGCAUCAACAAGCCUCUCGUCCAAUGCAGUUGCAACCACAAGCACAUCUGCAACCCCAUCUUCCCCAGGCGCAUCAGUUGCAAGCCCAUCAGAUGCAAGCCCAGGCACAAACACAUCCCCAUGCACAUGCCCAUGCUCACCAGCACCCGCACUUCAACCUUCACCCUCAGCUUCACCCUCAUGUCCAGCCUCAAACCACCGAUUCAAUGACCCUCAAUCCAUCUCAGAAGCGUAGCGCGCCUGUGGACGACGAUCCCCGAAAACGUGCUUUUAUCAUGCCUCAGCAAAUGUAA